AUGGAAAACAUGCAUGCUGCCCUUUCUGGACCCGUAUAUCCUCCAGAGGAAGGCCGAACUCGCCCGAGGACAGACCGUGAUCUUAAAAUUCAACGUGCUACAAUUCCUAACUCUGUGUCUGGUCAGCCGACUGCACAUCCUCCGGGGGGUGUCCUGAACUCUCAUCCUCUUAACCAACCGCCCAAUAUAACCCUCAAUGAACGACUGCGGAAUGAAAUGAAUGUGUGUCGCAGCGAUGCUUCAAACGCACUUUACAUAACGGUGAAGAAUUCGCAUGGCACCAUAUCGCCGCUGCCCCCGGCCCUUUCGCCCGCCAGUCUUUCUCCCGCAAAUUCGUCCAACUUCAAUAGUUCUCGUGCUUCCCCUGCGCCACCCGUUAUUGCUGACGAGGAUGAACUUCCACCGUCAUUGCCAUAUUCUUCUGCGCUUCCCAACUGCCCGACCGCACCGCCAAAUUUAACAAGCUCGGUGGAUGUGCCGAGUAAGUCUACUGACUAUGAACCCUUCGAGAAGAGGACGCGCAUUCGAACUCCAUCCUCUUCAUGCACAUCCGAAUCAACAUCAUCCUCCAGUUCGACCUCUUCAAGUUGUGAGGACGUACCCUUAAGACAGUCGCACACCAAUGGUAUCCCUAUUUUAGAGAAGAUGUCGGUUUCGUUAAUAGCGCCAAAAGUGGAAUCGACUAAAAUUUCACCCACUGUGUCUUCUCCUGCUCAAAAUUCGCCGGCAGCAGCUUUAAUUGACAGCCCUAGGCGUCCAGUUGCAGCAAAAGUGACAACUGUGUGUUCACCGACAAAGGAGGCCGCUUCCACUGACGGACCCACCUUACCUGCGGACGAGGCAAAGACCGAGGUAAAAGUUGAUUUAUCAACCGAGCAGAAGGCCGCCGCACCGCAGGUGACAGCAAAGAAAAGGCGCGCUCCGGCCAAACGCAAGCGGGCGGUUGCAAAGCGCUGGAAGCGUGAUUCAGAGUCCGACUUCGAGUUUGACGGUCGACUUGGUCCCCGUAGAGCCAAAAGUGCCGUGACUCUUGUCAAGAGUGUUAAAGAAAAAGCAAAGAGGUAGGUGUCUGUCAGUAAAUAAAGUUAAACAGGGCUUGUCUAUCUGUUGCGCUUCCUGAAAGGCGAAUUCGUAUCCACAAGUUAUCAUUAACGGUACCCCUUUCGUCCUUAAUACUCUUUGGAUUCAUUGGUUCGGUGCCUUAUAUCCUGGAUAAAGCCAUGUGGUUUCUUGUCACUACUUUGAAAAGCAUGCUUAGCUCUGUAACCGUGCAUAAGGCAUGGGCUCCGAUUCUCCCAUAGUCAGCUUUAAGUAGCCUGUCAGAUUACAACGUAUUAGACUGUGCGUCCUCAUUCUGAACUCAGAUAUUGAACGCAUCUGACAACGAAAAGUACGAUUACUCACACUUCCAUGAAAUCUUACCAUGGCUUUUAUCUGUUACUCGUUGCUGUUUGUACCAUCCCUUUCCUGUUUCUCCCAAUGACUCCGCCACUUAUUCUCUUAACGCCCGACUACGGCAUGUGUAUCUUCAUGUCUUUCUUUGAGGCCCUGGAACAUUUACGCACAAAAAUAGGCUUUAAGUUUUAUCGCCUCGAAAGAAGUUGGCCGUCUCACCUAGAAAUUUUCCGUCUUAGGACGCAUGCAUUGGGAUCGUGUUUUUGCCCCAUGUCGCUCAAACGCAAGGUUAGCCGAACGAUAUUUGCAUAAAUUUUUGCGCACAGACUUAAUAAUAGAGAGGUGAGGGUGUUGCGGGCAAAGCUUCCACUCGUUCACCUUGUUGAAAGAUAUAGAAGCAAGCGCUUUGGAGGUAUUGGCUAGAGUACUUACGCAGAAUGACGAACGAACUUCUUACAGAAUCCUAUAAAGAGUCUCUGGCCACUAACUAUCCGAAAAGCCGAGCUACUUUUUUCUCGCGACAUUGUUUAAUCGUCCGACGCACCUCCAUUAACAUUGAGUGUGGAUGGAAACAGCUCUAAUGGAAGGCAUCAUUAAAGCCGUUUCAAAUAUCGUAUUGAUCGUCUUAUGGCCAUUUGGACCAUACCAUUAACAACUUUAUGGACGAAUAACUAAUUUAAGAUAUUUCAUUCGCGUAGUCAAUCCACAUGACCAAGUGCUUCAGUAUGUCUUUGAAAUGUGGAGCGGUUAAUUUCUCGUUUGUCCUUAAAAUGGGCCUCAGAUCAACGCACAGCUAACGGGGGUUGACAUGGAUCUUCCCCAUCACCCAUAGAUUACCUUGGUAAACUUGUACUGUUUGAUUGGCGAAGUUUGUCUCCAGUUCUGCCAUUCCAUCUCGAUAGUUUAUAAUUAGUUGAGACCAGGUGGAUCUAUGGUCUUUAUUGUCACAGACUUCACCGAUUCAUCCUUUUCCAGAGAAUGUUUCAAUAUUUAGGUAGGUCUUUUAUGCUCCAGACAAAUUUUGCGUGCUCCGCGAUUACAGCAAGUUUACAAUGUAGAUGACAGACGCUUGAAUUAGCUUGCUAUCGUGACUGCUGUAGGGCGAACGGAGAUUUUUAUUGCCUCAAUAGUGUUCUUAUGUUUGGAAAGAAUUUAUACGCUUUACUAAUGGCACAGAAGAGCAAGAAAACUUGUGUAUUUGCCCCCACCAUAGCUUAACUUACACCGCGUCCUAACUCUUUUAAGCUCACCACCAUUGAUUUUUGGUCACAGUUUCACUGUCUUUAAAGCCGUUUGGUCGAAUACAGACUUCGUUGCGACCUACUAGUAAAUUUUCGAUACCUGAAGGUUGACGUGCACCCCUAUGAUUAGAUUCAGGUUACUUUUGUCGUUUCCUGGAUCGCGUUUACGCUCGCCAACUCCAAUAACAUUUCAUAUAGUCCUUAUUCACACGCGAGAAUCUGCGGCGGCUACUAUGAUGAACUCGAUCUAGUCUCUUCCCCAGUUGUGAAUGCUGUAAGUACUCGAAAAAGCCGGUUUUUGAUAACCCUCUUUUUAUUCUGCAAUAAGGCGGCGACCAUAAACGUGGGAUGACAGCACCGAACGAAUGGGUUGGUCUACGAACAACUUUUCUGAAUCAAAUUAGUCACAUUUUCUGAAUAAUCUACAGUAUCCUAUCGGUGUUGUCGCGUCGAGCGGGAGCUUCCUCAUGGGAGACGAUGCCCGCAUACUUUGCCAAAAGUAGCUGAGAAUCUCCAGUUUUCGUACAUACUCGACCACUUACAGGCCUAAAGGAGAACGAAGCGUAAAAUUCAGAUUUCUUGUGGCGAUUGGGAUGUCGUCGCGGUUCUAUAGAUUCUUUCGACAACUAACAAAGACCCUUCAAUAGGCAUCAGUUCAGCAGCCAUGAUUCGUUGUGAUGGCUUACCAGGAGUUUUAUAGUGCCAUGAAUAUGCUGGUUUUCCGGUCCCAUUAAAUCAGACGUUACAUCCUCUGGUUGUUCAUUUCUAACGGAAGGAAAUCUGCACAGGAUCGAUUCUACACCCCCUGCCGAUUAUAAGGUUUUGCGAAGAAUUCUGGAAACAAAAUUAUACAUAACAACUGGCUGCGUGUGUUUCUGACCUGCACAACUGUCCUUCUAGUUUGCCAAACGCAUCCCGCUUUAAUAACUACACGUAAGCCGCCUAAAGACCCGGUUCUUUUCUGACGUCCCUACUUUUAUUUCCUGUGAGUUUCUACUUAAGUAAGUUCAGUAAGGGUAUGAUUAUUUUCUGAUCAAUGAUAUGCACCACCUAUGUUUGCGGUGGAAAACCAAUUGUUCGCUGAGUUGCGUAAGAAACUUCGAGUUUUUAGAAAGAAGUCUUCUAAAAAGUGCACAAGAGGCUUCAUUGCCUAAUUUAGUUUAACUUGAUUGACGAUAGGUUGCAUCCAUUUCGAACGUUCGGCCGAAUUUCCAGUACUUCUCAAGAGUUGCUACAGAUAAGAAUGCGGACCUAAUUGGGGUCGAAAGUAACUUUUACUCAUCUUAGUACUUGUGACCAGCCAACAGUCAGGCUCGAGUACCCGUCACAGAGACUUAUGUUGAACGAAAUCUAGAUCAGCCGUGAGGUCUGUGGAGCCGGUGGUUGUAAGCCUCUGACAUGGCUGACGUGUCCAGAGUCGUCUGGGAACGAUAACAGUUAGAACCGUCACAGACUUUUAUAUAAAAUAUUCUGUGACAAUUCUAACAUCCCGUUUCAUCUCCCCUCUGAAAGGUGUGCUCGAAAAUGACCGAGUUCUGGGCAUCAUACGCGACCUGCUCCCGAUGUUUUGUUGUUUGCUAGGCCUUUACCGUCGUAUAGUCAACAAAUGACUGCGAAUUACAGACGGACUGACAUAUGUAGCCUCUUUUUUGUUGUGCAAGUUCAGUAUUGCGUGAUUUUAACAGAAGAGUGGGGGACGAGAGGUUUUAAAGGCAGAACAAGCAUGAAACGGAGUUCGAAGUGAGGACUCCGGAAAUGGUAGUGACCGAUUGCUCAUCGAAGUCGAGAAAGUUCGGUAUUCACAUCGCGUCCAUUCACUCUAUCUGGGGGAUCACUAGCGUCGGCUCAUAACUUGGUGGUGUGUAGUGUUGCUUGAAUUUGAGACCACUCGAUGAAUGUCGCUGCUGCGACCUACCAGCCCUGGUGAUAUUUUCUGGGCAAAUUCGAUUUCACGUCUCAAGUAAUAACUGCGAAACUGCACUUUGGUUUUUUAGGCAGACAUCUGUAGAGUUUUCUAACCGACGAAGCUGUUACGACAAAAGCGAACUAGUUUAAAGUAAGGCCUUCGUCUCUUUUGGUCUCCAGCAGAGCGGAGCCGAAUUCUCCUUUUCAGAACCAUGAAAAUAAGAAGCUCUUGUUAUUUUAUAGUACCAAAGACUAUGCACGGAGCCUGUUGGGCUUGGCCAGAGAGUGAGCAUCCAGCCAGAAUGCAGCCCGACUCAAAUGUUUUGCCAGUUCCGGCACCCCACAUCGGCCGCAUCGUGCACUUUAAACGGAUAGGUAUGCAGCCGACUUUACCGGCUGCUAACUUAUCAUUAGAGUAACGUACUUCCCGCGAUGUCGAGGCCGUCCACUUGAAAGAUGACCGUCUUGGUCGAAAGUGCCAGUAAGUCUUUAAUAAUCGUCAUGCCACGUAUGAACGUCAGAGCUCUUGGUUGCAUGUCCGGUCGAAGAGUUGUUUGACACCAUCUGACUAGUCUUGUCGCCGACAAUAAUGAGCAGGUAACGGUGCGAUAGUUUUCGUUUGUUCGGUUAUGACAGAGGGAUCGUCACGCGGGACACACACGGCAGCUUGCCAACAAUGUCCACCGUGUGCUCUACAACAAGCUGCGCGUGCAUUUCUUUAUAGCGAUAGUGGACUUACGCAUCAUCUACGCCCUCUCCCCCCAAUUGGCCCGGUGUCAUGACAAAGGUAAUAAGACCUAAGGUGGGCGGGGCGUAGGUGGCUGGCACGGCAAGAGCCGCGCCUAGACGUACCACCACGCCCGCAACAAACACUUAACCAGGAUUUUAUACAUCAAGAAAAAGGGGACAACUCUGAUCCCACUGAAUGGGAGUGUCAUAGACGCCACAUUAAGAAGGAACCAUUGCUGUCUGGCUCUCAGCCCAUCAGUCUGCUACUCCACACAAACACACACUGAGCUACACGCGAGGUCCGAGGUAUCUCGUCAGUUGGCAACCUUCCAAUUCGCGGCCUCUCACUUUCUCAUUAUGUACUCCAACUUUUUUUACCACUUGCCUACCGUUGUUAGAAUUUAUUGAAGUGCUUUAGUUCCUGCGGGAUCCGCUUGUGCUUCGGCUAUCCCUAGAGUAUGUAUACUAUGUUCCUAUGGAGACCUCGCUAUUCGACUUCGUAUAUUUUUUCAAAAGUGAGUCACAAGCUGGCAUUGUGUUUAGGGCACACGACCUUGCAGUGAAUUCGAAGUUUGUUCACGGUUCUCUCUGACACCGUCAUUGCAUAUGACCCGACCGUGACGGCCGCUAGGGCCUUUUUUUUACUGACGAGCAGCCCGACGUCUUAUUACCACCUACAAGGCAAUCCGAUUGCUAAUUUCACUCCCAGUCAAAACACCGCACCGUUUUGCGCUUUUUGUGACAUUCGUUGUGCGAUGUGCGGACUCUACGCAACCAGGUUAACGUGUACCAGGCCCGUUUUGGUCCAGCGCAUCUCCCACGUAGUCUGUCUUAGGGACACAAUGUUAAACACCACUGGAGCGAAUAUAAACCAAUGAUUGGGGUGUUUUUCCUCUCUCAGCAGAACGUCCAGGAAUGCCAAGGGCAAGACUGAAAGCAAAUUACCAAGUGGGGCUGAAUUGGCCUCCCGUCGACGCUACCUUGAGUCGCCCUUCUUCUGCCUCUGCCAAUCCUCCUCGUCAUCCGAAGCUGUUGGCGUUUCCGGAUCCUGUGGUGGUAGCGGUGAGGCCACGAAGGACGUCCUCUGUGAUCUGCCCUCCUCAAUGCCUGCUCACGUUGUGAACCCUGCUCUGAAGGACUGCUCCUCAGCUUUCUACAGCCUCGGCGAUCCCCGGGUCACCUCUCUUUGUCCUCUUUUGCAGGAACAGAACGCUGGAAGGGCGGGGGUUGGCAACAAAAACGCCCUCUGCGGUGGCGCGGCUUCCUUUGUCAGUGACCGAACCGCAAACUCUGAACUCCAGUCCUUCUUUGCAAACUCCUUCUACAAACCCACCCUACGGCCUAAUGUCCGUGACACUCGCCUGCCCUCAACGUACUCAGACUCUGCGUGUGGUGCCUGGUGUUGUGUGUUUUGCGGCGAGGACCCUGACUUUCUGUUGAUGGGUCCUCUCUACGGUCCUUACUUCCUGGCAGAGCCGACUGCUAGCAAACUGUUGGCCCAACAGACUGGUGACACGCAGCAACAGUCUGCGGCGUUGUCUGCAAUUCCAUCCGACCUCGUUAUCACGCCCUCCUCGCCUCGUAAGUCAAUGACCAGCAACUCGGAAGUCGUGAGCUCAGCAGUGACGCGAUCUUCGGCCGCCGCUGCUAAUCCCGCCCGUCCGGUAGUUGCCGCGAACACGGGUGGUCUCCGAUUGGUCAUCAAGGCACUCUCUCCGACGUUGACCGGUUCCGUGGUGGUGAGCAGUGUUAAGAGCUCCAACAGUGGCGGUAGCAGCAACAGUAGUGUCGCUGGCAGAGGCCGAAAAAGUGGUGCUAUUGGCGGUCGAAAAAGUGGCGGCGGCAGGAGAGCCAAAUCAGCAGCGCAGCCGCCGGCACCGGCACCGUCGCCACCACCGCCACCCCCGCCGGCACCCACACGUCUCCGCAUAGGCCUCGGUGGUGAGGUCUGGUUCCAUUUCGAGUGUGUACUCUGGGCCUCGGGCACCUCGAUCCACGGCGACGGCACUAUCAGCGGUCUGGAGGACGUCGUAAGCAUGGCUUUAGAGGCGGUGAGUGUCUAUAUUCUUUUUUCCCCAUCCAUGGCUAUUUUACCUCUUGGAGUAACGAUCGGUCAGAUGACUGAUUUUCAAUCUCUAUUGGCACGCUAUGUCGAAGGCCUCGUGCCAAACCUUUUGACGUCUAUUUCCGAAAGCCGGACCCGUCGCCUCUAAGGACCGCAACAGUAGACGCACACUUAGCUGGCCGUCGGUCUUUUUUCGACGUCUAGUUUUUGGCAGCACUAAAAUCGCUAGGACCACCUUUGUGGACCUGGGCAAUCGUCUCCCCCGUCAUCUCAGCAUCGUGAUAUCUGAAUACACUUACGAGUGUUUCUGUUGCCAGUCAUGAAGUACAUAAGAGAGUCCAAAAUGUCUGGCUGCUUGUGUCGCCGAGUUGUCGAGUGUUGGACUACCUAGGUACGAAUUGUCCCCAUUCAAGAUAGCCGUUCCAUGUAUGUGUCAUUGUAGGCAGACCAGACCAAAGUGAACCACUGUAUGAAUAUUACGCGACGUUGAUGUAAGCUUACAUCCAGAGAUUGUUUUCUUGUCAUAUUUUAGAAUCAGUGCCUCCUUGGGCGCGCUGAUAUGAAGCAACUGUGUCAUUGCUACGUAUUUCGUAGUCGCCUGUGUAUGCAGUUAGUUACCUAAUAUUAAUAGCCCCCCGUAACUGCGUCACUUUUGUACAGACCUUAGUGGUGGAAACCAAGUCAAGCUCCUGUUGUGCAUUUUAAGUUGGGAAAAACGGCAGAAAGUCGCGCUACUGCUACCUUGCAUAAUCCAGUCAUUUGAUUUGCGAGUGAAAGUUGCUUCGAGACAAGUAUUGGGUUGAACCAGGGAAACCGAAUAUUGGAGUUUAAGUUGAGUAUAUGAAGACUAUUUAAGGUACAGAUCAUCCUAUUUCUUGACUACGGAUUGUCCUACUUGGAACGCCGCAUCUUUUAUUCCAAUUUUCCUCUUUUCCUUCUAAUAGGCAUGUUCCCACUGCAAGAAACCCGGUCCCAUCCUCAGCUGUCGCAGCCGCGGAUGUGGCCUGUGCUACCACUUCAACUGUGCUCGUUUGGCAGGUACUCUUCCUAUUCUUUUUGCGUUUCUCGGAAUUUUCUCGUUGAGGUUCGCCUUGUAAAAUGGUACCUCACGCGCUUUGUCGUUUUUGUGGUCUGUCGUGGCCAUGGUUGCGCUGUCACCCACAUGAACUGAAACGGUGUUUAUGAGUACUUAUCUUACUCUAGACGAAACUGGCUUGGCCGAUGUUACCUUGCCAGCGACCGACAAUUGCAUGCCGCCGCCGAGUUUUAGUCCCAUUGUCCGAAAGCGAGACCGAGUAGUGACUAGGUAAGAGGGUGUAGUGUAAGAUUUCAUCGUCCGCAAAGACAACUUUCUACAACGUUGUCACCAAGAGGUGUCUCCCACUGCCGGGAUGAGAUCGAACCUAGAGAGAGGAUCUACCUGUGGGGGAGGUGGCGAAUACUCCAGGGGCACUAAUUGUAUGACAUUUAGAGUCCUUCCAGGUGACUGUUACGUCGGGAAUAAGCUUUCCCAGUCGUUCAACAAUACCCGAAAUUCGCGAGUUCUCGUGAAAAGCGUGUUCAAUUUGCUGAAGGAGUUUCUGGGCGCAAGGACGUGUUCAGCGCGGUCAGGCGCUUAUUUUCCGCCUCAUGAAUGCUAUGCAUGUGAAGGUUUCGAUUGGCCGCCAUUGGGCGUUUCAUCUAGCCAUCCAGGGCGUCAGAGUCCAAGUCUUCACCAUAUCGAUGUGUCUCGGCCCCGUUGAACAGUUUUGUCCCACAACUGUUGGAAACACCUAGGGUCUCAACGGAGUUGUCCCUACGCUAACCAAUUGAUGCUUUUUGAAGGACGUGCUUCCCGUCGUACGCGGUAACACAGACUGCCCAACACCUAAAUCACGGAAGCAAUCUGUUGAAGAUGACCACCCUCGAUUCUGACGGGUCAGUUGUCCUUGAGGCGGUUAUCUCGUCAUGUAAACACAGAGCCAACAUGUUUCGUCGCCUGGGGUAUUAAAACCUGCUGUUAGUCACGACCACACUGCUACCUUCGACAAAGCCGGUAAAUGGGGAUCUGUCCCUACAUCUUACAGAUCCGACAGGCACUUAGUGGGUCAUUGGGUCAACAUUUGCGCCCUAUCCAUUCUCCACUCUCUCGUUUCAGCGCAGUUGAUGCCGCUGUCUCCACUCGUUAAGUCUACAACAGACGCUGCCAUGGCAGGGCCAUUUCAGUCUCCGCUCAGGUUUUGGGGACAGGAAAAACUUUUUCGGUCAAAAUAAGAUGAGACUGAAGUCAGAACGUGUGACGACCUCACAGUCGGCCAUCCAGCUGCAGCCUGACUGGAGGUCUUUUUUCCCACUGGGAGUUGUGUAUUUUGUGAGUUGAAAACGUCACAUCUUUAUCCCGCGUGGUCUGUUGACCUUGACCUGGCCUUGAGGCAAAGACGGAAGUCUGUCGCCACCGAGGCAGAAGGCAGUUAUGGCGGACUGUCGGAAAAGGACGGACCGUAAAUUGCCCUUCAAACGAGGAACUUCGACCUUGCUGGCCUUCAGCAUCUUCACGCAGUUGCUUCAUGGUUGCAUCUGGCUCAUAGCUGAGCGGCAAUACUGUCGCAAUGCAGUCCUGAUGGACGCAUCAGUGCCAAUUUUUUCGCAAGGGCGCGUCUACCAGCCACAUAUAACUUGGCUCGAAACCCAUCCGGCGUCAUUCAGGUGGUAGGGAACUGAGUUGCAGGAGACUCCUAUCUGCAGUCUCCCCCCGGUCCUCCUGUUUACCAUCUCAUCUGCUUUUUCACCUGAUGAACGAAAACGUGCGUAAAGGUCGGCCUAAACUACGUGGGUUCGCUGUCCAUGCAGCAGGCCCGGAUGUUUACUGUACAACAGCUCUUUAGGCAGUCCGUCUCAGCCGUUUAUCCAGCCAGGUCACAGGGUAGGUUGUGAAUCCCUGCUCCUGAUCCCAUAGCACGCUUAGUGAAUGAGCUUGCUUUUCAGUUCGUUUUGAGCACUGAUUUUGAGCCUGAAGAGGUAUUCAAUUAUCUGUAGGUAAAACGGCAGUGUCUGCGUUACGUGCAAGAUGACCGAUGGAAACCCUGGAUGCCGAUUACUGGAAACAGUCGCAAUCCUUUGAUUCUUACCCACCUAGAGUCAGCAAACAGCCUUAUAGGCGUUAAGUAACUCUCGUAAUCGUCCUGCAUGACUGGAUCUCGGACUGGCCGAGGGCUGACGCACAAAACCAGUCCUGCCAACUUGUGCCUUCCCUUUGCGCCCCACCCACGUAUGCCGCGUCAUAAGUAAACCCUGUGACAAUAGGAGUUCUGAGGUUCGCGUCCGCUAAUGGGGUUUUAAGUCCUAGAAGGCUUUUGACACAUCUUAGAAGUCGAUGUAUUUAGGCGCAGAUAGCCGAGGGUUAGAGAGUCACCCAAGACAGGAUAGGGUACAAUCCCAGGACAUCCAUGAAAAAGGUGGCUGGGUAUCCCAUCGUCCUAUAGGCCUUUAGGGAUAUUUACAUGUCUGUGAACUUAGUGAACGCGUUUACUCGCCGAAACUUCAACCGAGUAGGUGGUGAAUAAGGGCUGGGUGAAACAGUGGGGUCCCUGAGGGAUUUUUUAAAUAACGUUAUCAGUGAGUAAUUGCCGCGUUUUCAAAAACCAUGCUAUUGCCCAGCACUGCCACGGGUAAGACCCUCAAAAACCGCAACCUAAACCCGACCUAAAUUCUGCACCGUCCGCACGAACUCAGUGGGGUUGUCUAGGCUGCAUUCUAGUGGCCCCAAUGACUCAGAAAACUGCUCCCUCCGACAUCUCGGGCAGAAGAUUAUACCUUUGAUCAUAACGGGCAAGAAUCAGUUAGGCAGAUCUUGGUGUACAGCAUUGCUGCUUCUCGCAUGAACAAUAUGUAAUAGUCCCCUGGUUAACCGGAAAGCCGAACUUCAGGCCCUAGGUGACUUGAAUGAGGCUAGGAUGAACUGAGAUAGUCACCAGGGUCCAUUGAGGUUGUGGGCCCUAGGCGCUGCAGUGGGACAGGUUCGCCAAGAUAUUAUACAGAAAAUGUCCCUCCUAGUCGAUUUAUUUGGAAGGUAAUUAUGUUGCACUAAUAUUUUUUCAUAAAUCUUGCAUUCCCACAGGAGGUAAAGCGCAUUUAGCUAGGUUUGGGCAUCAACCUAAGAGCCAGCUUGAACCGACCGUCGUUGUUGUUUAUGUCCAACGGGGGGGGGGACUUACAGCAGGGUGGGAACAGGGACGGUAAUUUGUGCGUGAACUAGUUUAUAAUUGUUAUGACCCGCCUGGUACUUGAAAUCCCGUGGAGCGUAUACGCACUCGACCCUGGUCCCCAAUAUCAAGGCAGCAGACAAAGAACACACGGCUGGCCACGGAACGUGUAUUAGCAAAACACUGCAAGUCACGACUAGCUAAAUGUGACGCAUAUUUAUAACACGCUAUUGUGGUUCGCCGGCAUUCGGCCAGUGACCUUCGGGAAGAGGGGGGAGUAGCCAAUGGGAAGGCGCCUGAUUGAGAUGACAGCGCUGUAGAGAGAGAACAAACGCACGUGGUCUCCAGUGAUUGGUUUGCUCUUGUUUUUGGGAGUGUAGGCACCCAACAAUAAUGAUAGUAGACUUUCACAGCAUCUACCGCACCAUCGCCUCCUCCUCCAUCUGGACCCGGUGUCAAGAUCAAGCCGAGGACGGAGGUGUGAGAGGCCGCAUGUUGCUGGCACGGCGUAAUCCACACCUAGCCGUACCACCGCACACCCUGGUCCACAGAAAAAACGCAUGACCAGCAUUUUCAACGACAAAAAAGUGGCGGCUGCAGAGACCCCAGUUGGCUCAGCGUGAGCCUGCAAUUGAGCCUACCACAGCACCGCAAAUGCCGGUAUAUGUUAGGGGUGCGCACUUCCGAUAACGCCUGCCGGAAUCCGAUGUAGCAUCCGUGUUGCUCCAUCGCAUCGACUGCGUGGCCUGUUUUAGGGCUUGAGUCAGUGGCUUUCUGUGGUAUUCAAGGCCACGUGUGAUUUUGUGUUUGCCGGUCUGUCCUGAUUGCAGACCCGAUCAGUAAGCUUUUGUCUCCUAUGAUGGGUUAGGAUGUGAAUCUGAAAUUUCAGGCCAGUGAGACUUGCACAGACGAUCGGGUCUAAUUGCAUUUGAAGGCAGAGCAGCCAAGACAAGGCGGACUUUUCUCCUCUAGACAACUUUAUUGCGUGUUUGUCCUCCCCAUCAGUCUCUCUCUACCUCCUUGUGUGUUAUUUUCUCUUCUUUAGAAUGCCACUUCAACACUGAACAGUUCACCGUACUCUGCAAGAAGCAUUUUGUGUAUUCGUGA